CUUGCAUCCAGCCUCUACCAGCUGGCCAGGAUCUGCGUCACUGCACUCCGCGUCAUGCCCUUCAGCGAUCAGCCCAGGCGGGCAUCGGAAAACACACGCGCCCGAGGUGCGGACCGCAAGCUUCCCCCCGGAUGUGCGAUUGUCGCUCGGAAGUGAAUCACGCUCCCGCCGAGCGCGCCAACAGGGGCCGCGUCUUGCCUUCGCUCGCGCUGCUCGCCCCGCGAAAGAAAACACACGGCUGACCGCUGCUGAUUCACCGCGGGGAGCCAGUCACCACUCGACGUCGCCUCAGACGGCUGCGAGCGACAGCUCUCGGAGUUCCGCUGCGUGGGAGGAUGCCGACCCAAGCCGGGCUCCAGCUGCUGUGUCUUCUGCUCGCGCUGCAUCCAGGCCGCGGGCUGCAGUGCUUCGAGUCGGCGUGCCUGAGCGACCCGGCCAGCUGCGGCUCGGACGAGCGGCUGGUGCUGCGCAAGUGCCACCAGGGCAUCGUGAGGGACCUGGUGCGCGAGACGGGCGCCGUGCCCUUCGCCACGCCGCUGCUGUCGCUGCUGCCCAUGAUGUGCCUCAAGCACGUCGUCGGAGAUACUUCGUACAAGAUGUGCUUCCCGAAGGUGCCCAAGCUCUGCAGCGCGGUGGGGUACAUCGCCCGCAAGUUGCUGCGCUCCGAACAGGUAGGCGUCGUCGUGCAGUGCCACGCCUGCGACUCGGACGCCUGCAACGGGGCCGCUGCGACGAGUGGGAUCGUCGUCGUCGUCGUCGCGAUCGCCUGCUCUUCGGUCCUGCUGACGCUCCAGCUUUUCGUCGCCGCGUGACGGACGACUGGACGACUGGACAACUGGACGACUGGACAACUGGACAUGUGCUGCUUAAGUGCUGUGGCCUGUUACGUGGUCUGUCAACCAAGGGCUGAAUUUGAGUUCCACGUGCCGAAAUUGUGAUCCAAAUGAGAUAGUCCAUUCCAACUAGUGUGAACACUUUUUACUACUUACUCAGUCUUUUCUUACACUUGAGACGGUAUUAAAACGCGAAUCAAUUUGGAUAUUUGUGUUACCAAGACGAACUGUGUUACCAAGAGGAACUGGUGCAGAAGAUUUCAUGUUGAAGUGAAACGGGUUAUGACUGUUACUUUGCGAUUAAAUAAAACUCAUAUGUGUGUGGUGGUCGCUAUGCACGUUAGAAGUGAAACUUCAAAGACCUGUUUUUGUUAUGUGUCAGCUCAGUAAUGGCGCUGCAGGUAGCGCUACUGCUGUCAUCUGUGUUUUUUGCCAAAUAACCUGAUAUAUAAAAAUUAUACAUAGGUGUGCAUGUCAAGGUACUUUAGCUUUAAUGUUAAUACAGUACAGUUUCUUUACAGGUUAUGUGUUAGAUAUGUUUUCAAAAGAAAUAAAUUAAAAAAAAUUAAAUUCA